GAGUAUAACGAGUUCACUAAACAUAUUGAGGAUCGCCAUAAGGAGGUUGCGGACAAGGCAGCCACACUUUCACCAGAAGCUAAGGCGGCUUACGACAAGAUCGCCAAAUUGGAAAAGGAGAAACACGAUAUUAUUGCUUCGCUUAACGAGCAUGCUCAAGAAGAACUAUUCCAGUUCGCACAUCAUCCUCCUCCGGAAUGUGGGCUCCCACACUUCGUCAAUGAUCUUCCAGCUGAUGCUCAAGCAAAGCUGAAAGAUAUUUGGAAGAACUGGAAGGAAGGCGAUAAGUGCUAUCAUGAGCAAGGCCUCACCAGGGAUCUGGUGGAAACACUCCCAACCGAAAUUCGUAGAAAGAUCAGCAAGGAUGCACUUCUGCCACCGCCUGUAAGGAAGGCGCCAGAAGAAGUCCAGGAACAGUUCCGUAAAAUCAUCAACGACAAGACGAUCCCAGUUGAUGAAAAGCACAAGAAGAUGAACGAGCUAGCACAGAAGGUUCUCACUGGUGACAACCUUAAGGAGUAUAACGAGUUCACUAAACAUAUUGAGGAUCGCCAUAAGGAGGUUGCGGACAAGGCAGCCACACUUUCACCAGAAGCUAAGGCGGCUUACGACAAGAUCGCCAAAUUGGAAAAGGAGAAACACGAUAUUAUUGCUUCGCUUAACGAGCAUGCUCAAGAAGAACUAUUCCAGGUCUUCAAACUGAAACACUCCAAGUUCCCGAAAGACUAA